AUGUCUUCUCGCCGGCACCCAGGCUUUCCAGUAGAGAACCCGAUAACUUCUUACUGGCUUAAGGAUCCCCAUCCUUUGGCAUCUUACCGAUACUCAGAAACCAUUCCGGAAGAAUGUGAUAUUGCUAUCAUUGGUACUGGGAUGGCCGGCGUAGCCACGGCUUACCACAUCCUUACGGACCCUAACAUCGGGGUACCUCGGCCGCGUGUUGUUCUCCUCGAAGCACGCCAGGCUUGUUCCGGUGCAACAGGGCGUAAUGGCGGCCACACAAAAUUAGCCACGACGGUCAUCCGCCGAUUGCACACCACUGACGGGCCCGAAGCUGUCGAGCAAGUUGCUCGUCACCAGCUAAAUCAGCUUGCUGCGCUCAAAGAUGUCGUCGAUAACGAGAAAAUAGACUGUGAACUGCGUGUAACCCGCUCGUUUGACAUUUUCUUUGACCAAGGCCAUGCAGAGAAAUUCCGGGACUUUCUUCAUACCAGGCAGACCGAAGGAGCUUCCUGGGCCAAGGAGGUCCGGUGGAUUGACGAGGACGAACUGGACAAGAUCACUGGUGUCAAAAAUAGCAAGGGUGCCCUCAGUGUUCCUGCGGUGUCCUUGUGGCCGUAUAAGCUCGUUACAGCUCUGCUUUCAAGAGUAAUUGAGCUUGGUGGUCAGCUCUACACCGAGACUUGUGUGACCAAAGUGGACGAAGAUGCUUCCGGUACAACGAUCUUAACAACUUCUAGAGGAGUUUUGAAUGCUCGUAAGACUGUCUUUGCGACUAAUGCUUAUACUGCUGCCUUGCUGCCCCGGUAUGAAGCAAUAAUUACCCCCUUCAAGGGUCAAAACUCUCAUCUUUCUCCUGGAAAAUUUUUCACGCCGCCAAAAGUCCUCAACAAUACAUACAACCUACACUUCAAUGAGCGCUAUGCAGAUUAUCUAGUUCCCAGGCCAGACGGAACAAUUAUACUCGGUGGAGCAAAGUGGACUUUUGAAAGUGAUAGAGACAAAUGGUGGAACAAUAUCGAUGACUCAACAUUGAUCAACGACACCGCUACUAGCCACUUUGACUCAGUUAUGUCUGACCACUUUCACGGCUGGGAGAAUGCCGAUGCACGUCACGAUUUGGUCUGGAGCGGAAUCAUGGCAGCUACUCCAGACCUAUUCCCUCAUGUGGGCAAGGUACCUGGCUCGAAGAAUCAAUGGAUACUGGCAGGGUUCAAUGGCGCUGGGAUGCUGAUGAUAUUCACGACUAGCCAGGCUAUUGCAAGAAUGGUUAGAGAGGGUGUUGUUUAUGAGGAAACAGGACUUCCGGCGCAAUUUCAAUCGACAAUGGAGCGGCUGACAGUUACACACUGA